AUGUCGACAAUCGCAGUGAACACCGUUCCCGGCCCAGAUUUCGCAUUGUCGCUGCCCUCCGCCGGUAAAUCGCAACCACCUCCGCCAUCUGACCAUGAACCGCCUGCCGCCAACUCAUCGUCCGCAUCGGAUUCUCAGAACAACCUAACCGCGCCAUCCUCACAUCCAAAGAAGAAGCGUUCGCUUUUGCUUGUUCCAUCCAGGACAUCUUCCAGGGGAAGCAAAAAUCAAUAUUCGGAAAUGACGACCGAUACCGUGCAAGAUGAGUCGGUGACGAUAGCCAACUCGCGCACCAACCUCACCAAAAGACGAAGGGAUCCUAGCGAGUCAAGUAGUAGGCGGUCGCAUCAGAAUGAACAAGACAAGAAUCAAAGUACAAGAAAGGAGCAAACCGAGGAGUCAAAUCAUGCCAGGACCGAACGAAAGCCCAAGUCACAGUCAAGGUUCUUCUCCAUCCUGAAUUGCUGCAGCUCUUCGAUGUUAGAUAAUGAGAAUGAUGGACCGGAUCUUCCCGCAAAGAAGGCAGAGCCCAGACAGCCGCUAUCUUUGCGACAACCGGUGGAAUCACCCGUCUCAACUGGAACAGAAUCGACGCCUACAGAGUCGAAAGAGCAGGAACCCCUUGACGAAAAGACGGGAGAAUACACAGGUUCACAGCCGGUAGAAGAGAUUACUACUCCUAGCACCACUGUUUCGACACAGUCCACAGCGCUGCCAUCUAGUUCGGACCUGACGCAAGAAGCUUCGACACCGCGACAGGAAGCCACCUACCAAUACGGCGUGGUGCCAGAUUUGGUUCCGUCAUCGGACAGCAAAAAGGAUAAGAAUGAGGAUGCGAUCGAAGAGGAACCUGAAAAUGAGACAUCAGAGGAGUUGUUGCAUGAGAACCAUGGUCCUGUCAUACCUGAGGCACCGAUCAUUGCAGAGGCAGAAGAGGAACAUAAGUUGGAGACGCACGAGGUUGUCGUCGCUCAACCACCUGCACCGGACGUCAUUCUCCCGGGACCGCCUCCAACUCCUGGAAAACAAAGCGCUUGGUUGCUUCCCCCGCCUCUACCGCAUUUACGAGGGCGGAAAUGUUUGGUUCUUGAUUUGGACGAAACACUUGUGCAUAGUAGCUUCAAGGUCCUUGAGCGCGCCGAUUUUACGAUCCCAGUAGAGAUUGAAGGUCAAUGGCACAAUAUCUAUGUCAUCAAACGGCCAGGCGUCGAUCAAUUUAUGAAACGAGUUGGUGAGCUUUAUGAGGUCGUUGUCUUUACGGCAUCAGUUUCAAAGUACGGCGAUCCCCUACUGGACCAGCUAGACAUCCACAAUGUUGUCCAUCAUCGUCUGUUCAGAGACAGCUGCUACAAUCACCAAGGAAACUAUGUCAAGGACUUGUCACAAGUCGGUCGUGAUCUUCGAGAAACAAUCAUCAUUGACAACUCGCCCACCUCGUAUAUAUUCCACCCUCAACACGCCAUACCUAUCAGCAGCUGGUUUUCAGAUGCCCAUGACAACGAAUUGCUCGACCUAAUCCCGGUUCUCGAAGAUCUUGCGGGUGCUCAGGUACAAGACGUCAGUCUCGUGCUUGAUGUUGCAUUAUAA